CGAGCAAGAGAGAAGAGAGAGAGGGGGGGAGAUUUUUGUGGUGAGCCUAUAUAGAUUUUUGUUCGUUUCUGUUUGCCAGCGGAGACGAGAGGAGCGGGGGGAAGGAGGAGGAGAGAGAGAGAGAGAGAGAGAGCGCUGCGUCUUCUCCCUUCUCCUUUUGUCGGAGAUAUUCUUCGCUUUUCGAUUCCUGUUCCUCCUGAAGCUUUCCCGGGGGAUUCCCCCUCUUUUUUUCCCCCCAACCCCUCCCGAUCGAUCGGCGCGCUGGUUGGGAUUCGGCAGCGAUGAAUAUGAUGCGCCGGAUCAAGAGCAUUGCCUCGGGUCGCACCUCGAUAUCUUCUGAACCUGGUGGGGAUUCUGGUACAAAAAGGGUGAAGGUAGACCAAGAAGUUCGUCACACGAAUAAUGUGGAGCAGCUUUUGCACUCUGCUGAGAAAGGUGCAACAGGUCUAGAGCAGCACAUGGCUUCCACAUCUCUGGAAGCUGUUGCAAGCACUUCCAGUAAAUCAUCAGUUUCUAAACCUGUUGGUGAUCAGAUUCAUAAAGGAGGGCAAGAGACAAGAAUUAAAGAUGACAAAGCAUUUCACGAUGACAAGGACUCUGAACCAAUUUUAGUUAAUGGACAUGGAACUGAAACAGGCCACAUUAUUACAACAACAGUUGGUGGCCGAGAUGGACAACCCAAACAGACUAUCUCAUAUAUGGCAGAGCGUGUAGUUGGCACUGGCUCGUUUGGUGUUGUCUUUCAGGCAAAGUGUUUAGAGACGGGGGAGACAGUUGCCAUUAAGAAGGUGUUGCAAGAUAAGAGAUAUAAGAAUAGAGAACUUCAGAUCAUGCGUAUACUUGAUCAUUCUAAUGUUGUCCAACUGAAGCACUGCUUCUUUUCAACUACUGAAAAAGAUGAGGUGUAUCUCAACCUUGUUUUGGAGUAUAUCUCUGAAACAGUCUAUCGAGCUUCAAAGCAUUAUGUUAGAAUGAACCAGCAUGUGCCGAUCAUUUUUGUGCAGCUGUAUGCGUACCAGAUCUGUCGCGCAUUAAACUAUUUGCAUAACGUGGUUGGUGUGUGUCAUCGUGACAUCAAGCCUCAGAAUCUACUGGUCAAUCCCCACACUCAUCAGUUGAAAAUAUGCGACUUUGGUAGUGCAAAGAAGUUGGUCCCAGGAGAGCCCAAUAUAUCAUAUAUAUGCUCGCGGUAUUAUAGGGCCCCAGAGUUGAUAUUUGGGGCCUCAGAAUAUACAACUGCAAUUGAUAUGUGGUCUGUUGGUUGUGUCUUGGCCGAGCUUCUUCUGGGACAUCCACUGUUUCCUGGAGAGAGUGGCGUUGAUCAGCUCGUGGAAAUAAUAAAGAUUCUGGGGACACCCACCAGGGAAGAAAUUAAGUGCAUGAAUCCAAAUUAUUCGGAAUUCAAGUUUCCUCAGAUUAAAGCUCAUCCUUGGCACAAGGUGUUUCACAAGCGAUUGCCUCCUGAUGCAGUGGAUCUUGUAUCGAGACUACUCCAGUACUCACCAAAUCUACGUUGCACUGCUUUGGAGGCCUGUGCACAUCCUUUCUUUGAUGAUUUGAGGGACCCGAAUGCAACCUUGCCCAAUGGACGGGCCUUACCGCCCCUCUUUGAUUUCACAGCUCAAGAGUUGGCAGGUGCACCCUCUGAGCUGCGUCGACGUCUCAUUCCUCAGCAUGUGAGGAACUGAGCUCCAAUCGUAUUAUGAAGUUCGAAGAUUCUUUAGCCUUCAGCUUCAACUGAGCAUAUAUAUAUACUGGGAAUGAAGUCAAGUUAGUGGAUAGGCUGUCAAUUUUAGGAAUUUGUCAUAAAUCGUGCUUGAGUAGUCUUGGAGGAGGUGGAGCUGCCGAAUGAAACUCGACCACAUUCUACUGGCAGAUCAAACAGGAAUCGUUGAGGCUAAUUGCCGGAAUCGUCAUCACCAUGCCAAUUCUUUUCUUUUUUUUCCUUUCUCUUUUUUUGUGGUGGUGGGGGAAAGAGGGGGUGCAUUUGCAUUUUCUUAUGGGGUUAUUGUUUUGCCGCAUACAGCAGGCGCUGGGGAGUGAGUUUGUAACGUAGUCUAACAAGAUGCGAUCGCCUAGUGCGCAUGUAUUUCAACACGUUAUCAAUUGAUAACACAGUAGCAUGAUUAUUCAA